AACAGCGUAAAAAUCAGUGUCGGCCAAAACGUAUGGCGUGGCCGCUUUCAGAUUUCUCUCUGGUUAAAGUGAUAAACUAUAUAUGUGUCUCGCUUUAACUUAUUGCAUCAAUUCAACAGUGUCAGCAGUGCAGCGAUAAAGAAUAGGCCUCGUGCAUACGUGCACAUUUGAGGUUAUCGUUGCUUUCUGUCUUAAGUGUGAUAUACGACAAUCUAGAUUUUUAAAAAAAUUGAACAAAUACACUAAUAAACAAAAUGAAGGAGGUUGAUCUUGUCGGAUUUGCCGAUCCAAACGCAAUUAGCGAUAAUGAGGAUACUGAAAUCGCCAAUAUUAAAAGAAAGACUUCCAAGAAAUCUGGAGGAUUUCAGUCUAUGGCUCUUAGUUUCCCAGUGUUAAAAGGAAUUUUGAAACGAGGCUACAAAAUACCCACACCCAUACAAAGAAAAACAAUACCACUGGCUCUUGAGGGAAGAGAUGUAGUAGCAAUGGCCAGAACAGGUAGCGGUAAAACAGCCUGCUUCUUAAUUCCCUUGUUUGAAAAACUCAAGGCAAGAUUGGCAAAGAGUGGUGCACGUGCCUUGAUACUUUCACCAACACGUGAAUUGGCAUUACAGACACUAAAGUUCAUAAAAGAGCUAGGAAAAUUCACAGGAUUAAAAGCAUCUGUAGUGUUAGGUGGUGAUAGCAUAGAUGACCAGUUUAGUGCAAUUCAUGGAAAUCCUGAUAUUAUUGUAGCCACACCAGGUAGAUUCUUACAUAUUUGUGUAGAAAUGGAUCUACAAUUGAAAAAUAUUGAAUAUAUUGUCUUUGAUGAGGCUGAUAGAUUGUUUGAAAUGGGCUUUGGUGAACAAAUACACGAAAUUGUAAAUAGAUUACCAGAGUCGCGUCAGUCGCUACUGUUUUCUGCUACUUUACCCAAAGUUUUAGUGGAUUUUGCAAAAGCUGGUUUAAGUGAUCCUGUUCUACUUCGUUUAGACGUUGAGAGUAAGUUACCAGAAGGGUUAGAGUUAUCAUUUAUUACAUGUCGUCCUGAAGAGAAAUUGGCUGUACUUUUAUGCCUGUUAAAGAGAAUAAUUAAAGACGACUCGCAAAAAAUUAUAUUCGCGGAAACUAUGCAUCACGUGGAGUAUAUUCAUCAGAUAUUGGAUAAAGCCGGGAUCACCAAUACUUUCAUUUACUCGAAUCUGGAUCCUUCCGCGCGUAAAAUAAACGCGGCUAAAUUUCAAACUGGCAAAGUAAAAGUCCUGAUAGUGACAGACGUCGCUGCUAGAGGAAUAGAUAUACCACAUCUGGACUAUGUGAUAAACUUUAACUUCCCUGCAAAAUCCAAACUAUUUGUACACAGAGUAGGACGAUGUGCUAGGGCCGGGCGUGCUGGAACAGCAUACAAUAUCGUGAGCGCGGAUGAAUACCCGUAUCUUCUAGAUUUGCAUCUCUUCCUUGGUCGACCUUUAUUGAUAGUACCAACCACAGGAUCUACUGAAAAUAUGGAGUCCGCGGUGGGAAAGAUGCCGCAGACCAUGAUAGAAGAGGAGCUGGCCGAGUUGAUAAAUUGGCACGAUGGUUCUAUAGAUCUUACGAAUAUGCAGAAAGUAUGCAAUAAUGCCUAUCAACAAUAUGUGAGAUCACGACCAGGAGCUUCAACGGAAAGCGUUAAGAGAAUCAAGGAACUUUGCAUAAACGAAGCUGGAGUUUUUCCGCAGUACUCCGAUGUUUCUUCCACCACUGUGAAUUUGAUAUCGAGAAUGAAGAAUUAUCGGCCGCAAGGAACAAUAUUUGAGAUUGGCACGAAGACAUCAUCGAUCGACUAUCAAGUGAUGAAAACGAAACGAGCAUUUCACAAAGAAAAUAUCCUUAAUUUCUACAAGAAAAUGGAAGAACGUAAAGUUGACAAAAUGGACAUGGAGUUAGAAUUAUCGCGGAAAAUUGAUCUGCCGUCCAGCAACGCGGAAGAAAUUAAUGCUGCAUUCAACACAGUGGUAGUACCGAAGAAACGGAGUGGUGACGAUUUGUACAAAAUAUCAAAGAAGAGGAAACGUCAAACGAAACGAGACGAAGAAUUUUACGUACCGUAUUCUGCACCGGACAAGCAUACGGAGGAUGGUUUAGCGGUGAAUACAUUUAGCACGGAAGCUGAUAAGGCGCAGCUGGAUUUAACGGCAGAUAACGAGCAGUCUCGACAUCUUCAAACUCAACUGAAGAAAUGGGAUCGAAAGAAGAAGAAAAUGAUUACUAUUGAUAAGAACCCGAAAGCAGGAAAGAUACGUACUGAGUCAGGUGUGUGGAUACCUGCUACAUACAAAACAAAUCGUUACAAUAUAUGGAAAGAGAAGAGUAAAAUCGAGGAAGCUAACGAGGAUGAUAGUGAGGAGGAGUCACCACAAGUGAAGAAACUGCGUACUACAGCGCACACACAUUGGGCGCGGCACAACCAGAAGCUUAAGAACAAAAUAAAAACGAAGAACGAACUGAAGAACCCGGAGCAGAUCUUGAAAGCACGCAAGCUGCUCGAGAGAAAGCAAAAGAGGAACGGCAGAAAGAAACGUAAAGGACGCAAAGCUCGGCCGAGGAGAACAUCUGCGGCUAUACAACGCAGCUUGCAGCCGACCCUCUGGCCCAAAAUAGAGAUCAUUAUGAUAGAGCAUCUGCAGCGCGGGUGCAGGGACGGGCGAAGAGAACUCUCAGCGAAGUACGGGAAGAGUCGAGUCUACCAGCGAAGAAGAUCAUGUAUUUUUGGACGUGCGUGUCGCGUUGGAAGAAUGACGCAUCGCGAUAAGAAUACUCCCUUUGUGCUCCAAAACGUCAGGCAAAGUGCACGAACACUUGGAAAUCGAAGAACUUCAUUAGACAUAGGCAACGUUUUGUCAUAAUUUUUUCUGAGAAUAUUUCUCUAGACAUAUUUAAGGACAUUUUUUAUCUUUAGUUGGAAAAUAAGUAUCAGCUUUUUUGUUGAAAUUUUCUUCGAAAUAUUUUAUUAUGCUUGUACAUUGUCAUAUAGUUAUUUUAAAAUAUAAGUAAAUUCGUAUCUCUUGACGAUAUAUAUCUUCAAAGAAUCAUCAAGUAAAAAUUUCGUCCUAAAACAUAGAACGUUAUUAUCUUAACGAUAUUGUUAACGAAGUAGAAAGGAAAGCGAUUAAAAUGUCUACGCAUUAGUCCUCAAUAGCAUUUACACAAUACAUCAUUAUCUUUAUCUUUCAACCUUUAAUGUAAGCACUAUCAGACAGAUACAGCUUUCUAAGACACAGAAGACACAUUGAUCAGAGAUCCAUACAAAAUCGUGAACUAAUAAUACUGUGUCUUAACAAUAUCCAAAAAUAAACAUUUUUAAAAAUAA